AGCAAAAACUGAGCCUUGAAUCACCGCCUACUCCCUCCCCCAACGUGCACAAAGCUCUCCACGCGUCCAAUGGACGAGGCCGCGGCAACCAAGUUCGUGGUUGGGGCCGCUUUCCGAAUACCGAGGAGGAGGAGACUGGACCAAUUGUGGCAGUGGUGGGCGCUUCCUGUCUGGACCUCCAAUGCAUGGGCGGAGGAGGGGGGCAUGCCUGGCCAAGUGCCCCCGGCGAAAUUCCGUCGAAAUAAGCGAUUCCGGCGUCCAAAUCCCACAAUGCUGGUGGCGAUGGGGUCGUAUGGACCUCAGGAGGCGUUUAUGAGUGGUGGGGAGGCUCGCCGCUGCGUGUGGUGGCCGAGGCAGAUUGGGCAGCGGCAUGGACGGCGGCUGUUGAUAUAUGACAUUUCCCGGCAGCUUUUCCGGUGAUGUUUGGGUGCAAUAGGACCGGCGGGAUAAGGAGGAGUUUAGUGGGUGACCGGCGGACACGACGUAGAAGAUGUUGUCCAAGUCUCCAAGAAGGCUUCCUUGAAGAAGAUAAGAUCUGACACGAGGAGGCUGGGAGGAAAUACGGAGUUAAUAAUAUUGUCGGUCAUUU